AUGUUCUCCAGGAAGAAGCAUCGGUAUGCUGACUCUUUUAGUGGUAUCCUUCACAUCGUUAAUGUGUUCCUGGGCUAUGUGCCUGUCUUUCUGGAUGACCAUAUAGUCUCUACAUUUGACUGGAGCCAGCCCGACAAGUCAAAUCUAUUGGACAUCACGCGCGACGUUACUCCGGUCCAGUGCCACUCACACAAUGACUACUGGCGCCGGGUUCCGCUAUACGACGCCCUCCGCUGGGGUUGCACAGGCGUCGAAGCUGAUGUUUGGCUAUUCGAUGAGGAGCUGUACGUUGGUCACAAUACUAACGCCUUGACGCAAGAGGGCACCUUCACAUCGAUGUAUGUUGACCCUCUGGUCAAGAUGCUAGACUACAGAAACGAGCUCGGAGACUUUGCGACCACAUCCAGCGUCAAGAAUGGCGUGUUUGUCACUGAGCCUGCACAGACUCUGGUCCUACUGGUCGACUUCAAGAAUAACGGUCAAGAAAUCUUCCCCGUAGUCUCGCAACAGCUCACCGCACUACGAGAGAAAGGCUACUUAACCUACUUCGACGGCAACACCACCAUCGAAGGCGCUAUCACCGUCGUAGCAACCGGCAAUGCACCCUUCGAUCUCAUUACUGCAAACUCUACCUACCGCGACAUCUUUUUCGACGCCCCCUAG